AUGCAUAAUAUGAAAAAAGCAUCAGUGGAGUCAAUUCUCGACGACAUUGAGCAGCUUUUAAAGAUACCUUGUUUUAUCGACAACUCGAAAUCACUUCCACAGAUUAUUUCAGCGCUUUGCAAUGACCCUAUCAUUCUUUCUUGCGGCUGCCUGAUCUCUGAAAAGCUAGAAGACGAACUCAUAGGAGAAAGACCCAGUUUUGGAUGCCCCAUUUGCGGCAAUCCAGAAUCGAUAAAACUACAGCAGUGUGCUCCCCUGAAAUCUGUUGCUGAUUACGUCUCGAGGUUCAGGUCUGACACUGAUUAUGGGGUGCAAAUCAACGAGGAGGUGAACGCUGAUUUUGAUAACAAUGAUAAUGAAACCCGUAAAACUCUUCUAUCGGCAUUCAAUGAGGUUUUAGGUGAAAUAGAAAAACCAUUGAUCAGACACAGUUUUCAACAAUUGGACGACCAAACAAAGGCCAUCAAAGAUUCCUCAUCGAUAUCAUUAAUAAAUCGUGAUAGGAUCAAAGACCACUCUCACCUUGCAUUGCAAACCCAAGAUAUGAGGACAGUCACUAUACCCUCACGCCAAUCGCAAAACAAUCGUACACUCACUCAGACCUCCAAUUCCUCAAAGCCGUCGUCCGGUUUUGUAGGAGAUAAAGAAGAUCACACUAAUGAGAACUUCAAGGAUGUGAACAAAGAGCUUUUAUAUGCUAGAAACUUUCCUCUUUAUCGCAAACUUUAUCAGCACCAUACCCAUCACUCGAAUUUCCCCUUUAAAACGAAGCUGUUCAUAAAUACAGACUUCUCUCCACAUCUCGAUAAGUUGGUGCUCUUGAGCGAAAAAAAAUGGGAGGUCUAUCACUUAUCAGUCAACCAUCCAGAAAGACCACCCCUUUUACUGUGCUGUGGGAACAUUAAUGGAGAUUAUGGAGAGACUUUCAGUACCCUAAAGAAAGUUAAUGCUAACGAAAUUUUGAUGAACUCUAAUUUUGGUGGGAGUGUUAAAGAUUCACAAGAGUCGCUCACCAAUUGGGAGCAUUUGUUUUGCAAGAUAACAGAAGAUAUUUUGAUCAUUUCAGGAACCCGAGGAUUUGUCCGCUUUUUUGACCUAAAGUAUAAAGGGAGGCCGUUGUACACGUACCAGUGCCGGUUUCCUGUUAGAUGCAUUGAUGUUUCGUCUGAUGGAAGAUACGCUAGCUUGGGUGUAACAGGUAAAGACAAGUUUACUGGAUUCGAACAAGCAUUUAUUAUUCUCUUGAAGCUUGAACUUUUGGAACCCAAGUCGCAUAUAUCUAGUUCCGUUGAAGGUGAAAGAGUUUAUGCAGCUGGAAACCUAGAUGACAAUUUAGGAUCAUUUUAUUCUGAUAAGUCGGCAGGGCUGAGAACUCUACAGAUCCAAUAUUACCCUUUCACACUGCCAUAUCGAGAUCCUGUGUCGAUUUUGAAGUUCUCUCCAAAUUGCGAGUAUUUGACUGUCGCGACCGCAUUGGAAUCAAGAUUCAUGAUUAUUAGUAUCAGGGAUCCCACAAGACCAGUAAUGGUGAUGAAGUCUCAGAGAAAACUCGAUACUUCUUUAGAAAGUGAGGGAAUUACCGAUUUAAGCUUCUUCCCUGAUAACAGACUCAUGACAUUGACCUCUGUUUCGUACAAUUCCGUGCCGAUAAUCAUUGAUACCAAGAUUACAUCUAUAUCUGGUCCCGAGGGAAUUGCACAUCCCAAACUUCUUGCAAAAGUCGAGGAGGUCGGAAAUACUAUACAUAAGUGUUGCGUGUCACCCAGAGGUGAUUCAGUUGCUUACCUUGACCGCUCUGGAGCUGUCUACGUUAUGUCAACAUCAAGAAUUGAUGAUAAUGACAACAAGAGGUUGGUUGUUGUCACUGAUGUCAGCAACUCGUACCAAGUAAAAGAAGCAGCUUCUUUGAGAUUCGAUAAAGAUGGUUACAAACUUUAUAUCUUGGAUCGAAAAGGGCUUCUCACAGUUUCCGACUUCACAGCGGGGACGAUGGAGGAUCCUUCAAUUACCAGAUGCAAGAUUAUUAUUUAA